AACUAUCAAUCCCCACACUUGCUGUGUUCUUUGCAGAUCAUGUCCUGUCAAGGAAGCUGCUGCGUUCCCAGAUGUCCUAUUAAAGCAAAGGGAUGCCAAACCCUCCAAUCUCUCUCCCUCCUCAGCUGCUACUGCUCUCUUCUCCUCCUCACUCCAACAGGUACUCCUCCGCUGCCCUUCGCUCCUCCCCCCCGCCGCUUGUUGAGGCUUUAGAUAUGCUUAGCUCACUCAAGUCCCAUGAAGAAGGAGAUCAAGAACACCACCGCCAUUCCAAUCCCGUCCACCCUAACUCCCAGCAUGGCCUGAUCUCCCCUUCCGCCCCUGUGCGCCAGCUCCUCGUCAGCUGCGCCGAGCUUGUCCACCGCGGCGACCUCCCGGCGGCGCGGCACACCGGUUCGCUCCUCUUGGCCACCGCCUCCCCCUAUGGCGACUCCACCGACCGCCUGGUCCACCAAUUCGCCCGUGCCCUCUCCCUCCGCGUCGACCCCCUCUUCCCCUCCGUCGACGCUGCUUCUCCGGAGGCCCUCCAGUCCUCCUACCUAUCGUUCAACCAGAUCACCCCAUUCCUUCGCUUCGCGCACCUCACCGCCAACCAGGCCAUCCUCGAGGCCGUCGACGGCCACCGCCAAGUCCACAUCCUCGACUUCGACACUUCCCACGGACUGCAAUGGCCGCCGCUGCUCCAAGCCAUAUCGGAGCGCUCCGACCCCAACAAUCCACCUUCCAUUCGCAUCACCGGCACCGGAAGGAACCUCGAUGUCCUCCGCCGCACCGGCGACCGACUCCAAACUUUCGCCGAUUCUCUCGGCCUAGGAUUUGAAUUCCACGCCCUCCUCUUCCCCUCCACCACCAGCGACCCUAGCUCUAGCACCACCACCGACUUCACCUCUUCUUCUCUCCGACUCCAUCCGGGCGAGAUCCUCACCGUGAACUGCGUACUAUUCUUGCACAACCUACUACAAGACGGCAGUGGCAGUGACGACUCCCGCGACCUAAGGGCGUUUCUUCAAGCUGUUCGAGCGAUGAACCCUGCAGUGGUGACGGUCGCCGAGAGGGAGGCGAACCACAACGCGCCCAUCUUCUUUCAGAGAUUCAUGGAGGCGUUGGACUACUACACGGCGGUGUUCGAGUCACUGGAGGCGACGCUGCCACCGACGAGCCGUGAGCGGGCGGCGGUGGAGCAGGUCUGGCUGGGACGCGAGAUCGAGGACGUCGUCGCCCGGGAGGGUGAGAGGAGGAGGGAGCGGCACGAGCGGUUCGACCGGUGGGAGACUCUGAUGCGAGGCGCAGGAUUCACGAACCUGCCGCUCAGCCCCUUCGCGCUGUCGCAGGCGCGGCUUCUGCUCCGCCUCCACUACCCAUCGGAAGGGUAUCAGCUCCACACGGUGAGGGAUUCCUUUUUCUUGGGGUGGCAGAACAAGCCCCUCUUCUCAGUCUCGUCUUGGCAUUAGUGCAACAGCCCUAGGGAGGAAGCUGAAAGCAAAUAGGUCGAAUCCUUCUCCCUCCUUCCGGUGGUGCGUUGAUGAUUCGAGUAGGGCUUUUUGGUCUCAGUUGGAGAAGAGGGAGGGAAGCGAAGGUAAUAGAUCUUAGCACAUAUGUCAUCAUCAUAUCUGAUCUUGGGUAGGAACCCUAACCCUAGAUUCAGCUCAUGUUUCUUGGAAGGAGGAGACGGUGGAGGUGUUGCACGUUGCAUGGGAUUUUGGUAGUUGUGACCCCAAAAGGGAACUGUUGAUGCUCGCCAUUCCUCAAAUCUCUUUCCUUGUGAGCUUCCUCCUUCCCAUCCCAAACCCCCUUCUUCGAGAGUUUUCUAUGCUUAUAAACUAUAAUAAAAG